ACAGACUCCGCGUGUCUUGCGUCAUUCAGGAUACGGAGCAGCCUGGCGUUGGCGACCUUGGCAAAAGGUGGAGUCGCUGACGGGGUCCGGCCAGUGCUGCGCCGCACGCCAGCUGGAACGGACGAGGGAGUCUUUCGCCCUAUUCGGGAAUCGAUGGUCGAGAGAAACUUGGGAUUUGGGUGUUUGUGUCGAAGAAAAAGCUAGUGGUUUUAGUGAGUGGCGGUGGUGAUGAUAGUGAUUAGAACAUGAUGCAGUGAAGAAGGAGUGUAUUUAGUGCAUAUUGCAAGAGAAAGUGCAAAGAUGACUUGUAUGAUUUAAAGGAAUUUUGUUAUGAUGUCUGAUGGAACGCUGGUGCUGUUGAUAUGUGAAUAAAAUGGUAGGCGGAGCGGACGGCGGGGCAAUGAAGGACGAAGAGAGCGGGGAGAUCCUGCAGGAGGAGGUAGUUGCCCUUCGGAGGCACCCGCAGCGCGCCUCGUACCUCUCAGGGGACGACCUCAGCAGGCUGGCAGAGCGGGAGCGUAGCCGGAGACACCCCCGAACGCUGCGGAUAUUCAGGAUCAAGGAUGCUCUGCUCGAGUCGGACUUGAGACUCCGGGAGGGCAUCCAGACGUCGAGGAACAGUGGUCCAGACUCGCACCGCUCCUGGUGUGCUCACUGCAACCAAGGCGAUCCUCAGGCUGUGUGGUCUGAGUAUUACGGUCCCGUACAGUCAUCUGGUAUAAGAAGGAGUACUUUGUUCAGAAUCCCGGCGAAGUACCUGACGAAUAUCGACGCAGGGAACUCGUCAAAGGACCCGAGCAUCAUCACCGUCAGCAUCUGGGAGGAGUUUCUUCACGGGACGUCGGUGCUGGAGCAAUACAGAUCGCCAGAGGACAAAUACGAACACAAUCUGUACAACUCCAUCUUGCAUCACCUCCACCGCUACUUGCCUUAUGGAUGCGUCGCUUUCUUAUCAUGGCUCUUCUUCCUCUUCAUGUACUUCGGUGUCUGUUGCAAUUGCACGGUCAUCUUGGAGAUCGCUUGCUGGCUCAAGUUUAUGGCUCACUUGGAAAUCCACCAACAAGCGUACAAGUCUAAAUUAAAUGUGAUUUUUAACGGCAAUGCUUUUCAGGGUCCGUGCUAUAUCUUGCUUAGAUGGCAUUGUGAACACUGCACUCAGAAGGAGAGGGAGAAAGUAGUCAAUAACUUAAUGAAAAAAAUGAAAAUGGAUAUUCUAGGAUCCAGUUCUCCGACGUAGCAGAUUAUAUGUGAAGAUAGCAUAUAUUCGAGCUUAGGAAAAAAAUAUUAAGUUUGCGAGAUGUUUAAAGAACAAAAAAA